CGAGUAUGGAGUUCGAAGAACCCACCUUGGCACCUGGAUCAUCUAAAUAAUACGGCACCAGAUCCAAUUUGCUUCCCCUGCGCGCUAAAAAGAAGGCUCGUCUUCUUUGUCCGGCCAUUAGCCCCCUCCCCGCCAAGCCUUUCCUCCAUCCCGCAAUUUUCCCCAAACUAAAAUACCCAGCACGAUCCGAUUACUCUGCUUCAGAAGAAUUUUUGAUGGAGCAGCCGAAGCAAGAGGGCGGGAACAAACCUCCGAUCUCGAGAGACGAUAAGAGCCCAAAAUCCGAUCCUAAAGAGGUAGACCAGACCGCCAAUGGAGAUGGGAAUUGGGGCAAUUUCGUGAUGGGUUCGGAGAACAAGAUUCCGACCCAGAACGAGCAACCUGCGAUUUCAACGCCCUCUUCCGGGUCCAAGAAAUCGGUGCGUUGGAGCACCGAAUUGGUCACCGAGUCCCCGUCCGUUGCUUCGAAUGCAUAUGGGUCGAAUUCUCAUGCUUCUUUGGCCCCUUCUUCUUCAAUUUCCUUCAAAGAGGCGGUUGAUUCUGCAUGGACCGUGCUAGGGAGAUGGGGGAAGAAAGUCGGGGAAGCAACAAAAAAGGCUGAGGAUCUGGCUGGAAACACAUGGCAGCAUCUGAAAACAAAUCCAAGUUUUGCGGAUGCUGCGCUGGGGAGAAUCGCUCAAGGGACAAAGGUAUUGGCGGAAGGUGGGCAUGAAAAGAUAUUUCAUCAAACAUUUGACACAGUGGCGGAGGAAAAACUUCAAAAUUCAUUUGCUUGUUAUUUAUCAACAUCUGCGGGUCCAGUUAUGGGUGUAUUAUAUGUAUCUACGGCAAAGCUUGCGUUCUGUAGUGACAAUCCUCUUUCAUACAAGUUUGACGGGAGAACCGAAUGGAGCUAUUACAAGGUAGUCAUCCCAUUACAGCAACUAAAGGCAGUUAAUCCUUCCACAAGUGGAAUGAAUCCCGCUGAAAAGUACAUACAGAUAAUCUCUGGCGAUAACCAUGAAUUUUGGUUCAUGGGGUUCUUGAACUACAACGGUGCUGUAGAAUGCCUGCUAGAGUUUCCAGAAUUACGAGCAAUACAGUCGGUGUAAAAGCUGAAAGUGGGUGAAUUCAAUGAAACUUCCCUUUGAAUUUUGAGAUAUUAAUGACUACAUGGGAGGAGGGGGCGUGUGUUCUUGUUUGGAGUUUCCCGGGGAAAAUCUGGAAUCAUUUAGGAAAGCUAAGUUCUUAUGAUAUAGCUUUCUUCAAUUAUUUAUACAGAUUACUUAUUGAAUUGUUGUACACGGUGUCUUAAUGUUGAAGCAUUCACGGGAAUGUAAUAAAUCAACUCACGUCUCAUCAAACAAAAACCACAAACCAUCCAUCCAUCCCACCAUUCGCUUAAUCACUAAGCCUUUAUU